AUGAGUUUAAAAAUCUCCAUCAAACUAUUUUGUUCAACUAAUGAAAUUAUUUCCCCCAUAUCUCAUGUCCUUCAAUUAUCUUAUCUUGUCUUUUGUCCAUCGUCUAUAAACUAUACGAUACACUUGCACACAUCACUAAUAAAAAACUAUCAUCAAUACCAAAACCAUGUUUCCGCAUGCACACAUCCAAAAUUUUUAACAGAUUCAACAGAGCCUCGCCUUCUCGUCCCCUCUUCAGUUCUAUCGUCACUCUCUCUCUCUCCAGCUUUAGCUCGAUACGCAUCAGUUUGGCUGCGGAGUUCGUCAUUCUUGAGUCAGAUGGCCUCCGCAAUGCUCUCUUUUGCUUCGGCUGCGGCCUCGGCCCCAGCUUCACUGUCGGUGCACGAACAUCUCAAGGGGAAAGCAAAGAUUGGAAGUGCCAAUUUCAGAAGUAGUGUGCCAGAGAGAAACCCAUUUGCCAAAACUAAGCAUUUUGGUCGGGUAUCUAUGACUGUUGCUGUUAAUGUUUCGCGAUUCGAGGGCAUAACAAUAGCCCCUCCCGACCCGAUUCUUGGGGUGUCUGAAGCCUUUAAAGCAGACACAGAUGAAAAGAAGCUCAACCUUGGAGUCGGGGCGUAUCGGACGGAAGAAUUGCAGCCUUACGUGCUUAAAGUUGUCGAGAAGGCUGAGAAUCUCAUGCUGGAGAGAGGGGAAAACAAAGAGUAUCUGCCAAUUGAAGGUUUGGCCGCAUUUAAUAAAGCAACUGCAGAGUUAUUGUUUGGAGCAGACAACCCAGUGAUAAAGCAACAGAGAGUUGCAACCGUUCAAAGUCUUUCGGGGACUGGUUCCCUUAGGCUGGCUGCUGCUCUUAUUGAGAGGUACUUUCCUGGAGCGAAGGUGUUGAUAUCAUCUCCGACUUGGGGAAACCACAAGAAUAUUUUCGAUGAUGCUAGAGUUCCAUGGUCUGAAUACCGAUAUUACGACCCAAAGACAGUGGGCUUGGAUUUUGAGGGGAUGAUCGCUGACAUUAAGGAUGCGCCAGAAGGAUCUUUUAUCUUGCUCCAUGGCUGUGCUCACAACCCAACUGGCAUCGAUCCAAACCCUGAACAGUGGGAAAAGAUUGCCAAUGUCAUUCAAAAGAAGAAUCAUAUACCUUUCUUUGAUGUUGCUUACCAGGGAUUUGCAAGUGGAAGCCUUGACGCUGAUGCUGGAUCAGUGAGACUGUUUGCUGCUCGAGGCAUGGAGCUUCUGGUGGCUCAGUCUUACAGUAAGAAUCUGGGUCUUUACGCGGAGAGAAUUGGAGCAAUCAAUGUUGUCUGCUCAACUGCAGAUGCAGCAACAAGGGUGAAGAGCCAACUGAAGCGGUUCGCUUGGGCAAUGUACCGUAAUCCUCCCGCCCAUGGGGCUGAGAUCGUGCCGACCAUUGUCGGCAAUCGGGCUCUAUUCAAUGGAUGGAAGGCAGAAAGGGAAAUGAUAGCUGGAAGGAUCAAGAAUGUGACACAAAAGGUGUAUGACAGCCUCUCUGCCAAGGACAACAGCGGGAAGGACCGGCCAUUCAUGCUCAAGCAGAUUGGCUUUUUCUCAAUUACAGGCUUGAGCAAAACUCAGGUAAUAAUUAUUCUCAUUCAUUGCAUAUUUCGAAAUGAAUCGCGUUGGCCUUCCUUGUCGCUAUGGGACCCUUAUGGUACCUGCCAAAAGGGGACCGCCCACUCACCACCUUUGUACUUUGGAAACAAAGGCAAAGCUCCUUGUGUCAUCCAUUGCACAUGACAAAGCACGGAAGGAUCCCUGUGGCCGGAUUAUCUUUGGCCAAGUGCGAGUAUUUUGCAGAUGCCAUCAUUGAUUCGUAUCACAACGUCGGCUGAGACUCUGAGACAAGGA